CCGAGCUGGAGACGCAAGGCGCAAAAGAGAGGCCAUCACUGGUCGUUUCAUUGACGGCAGCACCGUCGGCAUACUAGGUCAACGGCCAGGUCGCGACUGGUGGCCGCGUUUCCGACGCAGCGUCGCGUGGUGGCUAUAAGGUCGAGUCCACGCCAUCGAGCUGACGAACCGGUGCGCGCGACAGCGAGAAGAGCCAACUCAUCAUGCCACCGACGCACCUGCUCCGCUACGCGUCAGCGGCGGCAGCCGCCGCGACGACCGCUGCCGCGCGCGUCAAAGCCGACGGCUGCCCGAUCAAAUCACGCAACAAAUCGGAGCAAGGCGGCUGUCCCAUCAAGGGUUCCAACAACAUGCCCGCGACGCCGCAACAGACGAAAGCCCCCGGCCAGACCACAAAUCUAGACACGAAGAGGGAAGCCUCCACAAUACCACAGAAAGGAGGAGCAAGUACGUGGCAGUACCCCUCCCCGCAAAUGUUCUGGAACGCGUUAGUAAGAAAGGACAAGGCCGACGGCGCGGACGAAACCGACAUGGACACGGUCGUCGCGGUACACAACGCGAUGAACGAAGCGACCUGGUCGAAGAUUCUCGAGUGGGAGAAGUUGCGACAGGGGCCGCCGCCCGAGCUUGUUAGAUUUACUGGAAGGCCCCACGACCUGUCCCCGAAGGCAUUGCUGAAGAUCUACGUGUUUGGGUGUCCAAAGCCGUUUGAUCGACACGACUGGGUCGUUAGUAGGGGUGAUGAAGAGCGAAGGUAUGUCAUCGACUACUACUCUGAUGAAGGGUUGAGUGACAAGGACGAGAAGCCGAAGACGAUGCACGACUACGCGGCUCUGAAGAGCAUCGCGGUCGACGCGCGGCCCGCGCUUGAUAGUGUAGGUGCCGUGCUGGAUCGAGUCGUACACAUGCCGUCGCUGCGUUCGUCCGGUGAGGCGUCGCCGGCAUUGCCAUUAAGGCCGCCUUCUUCGAUGAGCGAGGACCCUAGAGCGAUGAUUCGGGAGAAGUGCUCACAGAGGGCCAAGGCUCUAUCAAAAUGUGGUGAGGAUGAAAAAAAAUGCGCCGACGCCGCCAUCGCGCUCCAGCACUGCGUCGCGUCCGUGGUCUGUCCUGUAGAAGCUGAGGCCUUCCGGGAAGCGGCCGUCGCGAACAAAAACGCGGAGCAGGCCUAUCAAGCCAUGGACGCGGCGUUGGACGCCUGGUCCGCGCAGAACGGGUCCGUGCUGUCCGAGAGACCUGACUAAUUCACAUUACACAACA